GAACUGAGUCUUUAUAGAUGGCAGCUUUGUGGAAGUGAACUAUGACCUCAGGGAUUUGGCAGAGGAGGAGUUUGCCUUGAGGCUGUUUGGCAAACAUCAUAAACUCUACACGAUUCAGCCUUAGUGAUUAUUUCAAGCUCAGGCUGAGUGUUAAUGUGCAGACUUGUGUUUGCAGAAGUAGAUGUCUCCUGCACUGAAACAACUGUUUAACCAGUUCGUCUGCAAACAUCAGGAUGAAAGCGCUGACCCGACCUCGGCUUUCAUCUCCUUGGAAACACGGCAGACACGACGACCUGAAGGAGAUGCUGGACAGCAACAAAGACUCACUGAAGCUGGAGGCGAUGAAACGGAUCGUGGCCAUGAUCGCCCGAGGAAAGAACGCAUCAGAUCUCUUCCCUGCUGUGGUGAAAAACGUGGCGUGUAAAAACAUAGAGGUGAAGAAGUUGGUCUAUGUUUAUUUGGUGCGUUAUGCUGAGGAGCAGCAGGAUCUCGCUUUGCUCUCCAUUUCCACGUUUCAGCGAGGAUUGAAGGAUCCCAACCAGCUGAUCAGAGCGAGCGCCCUGCGAGUCCUCUCCAGCAUCCGCGUCACGAUUAUCGUCCCGAUAAUGAUGCUUGCCAUCAAAGAAGCUGCUUCCGAUAUGUCUCCAUACGUCAGGAAGACUGCUGCUCACGCAAUUCCCAAGCUCUACAGUUUGGAUCCAGAACAGAAGGACCAGCUGAUUGAAAUCAUAGAGAAACUCCUCGCUGACAAAACCACGCUGGUGGCAGGAAGUGUUGUCAUGGCUUUUGAAGAGGUGUGUCCAGAACGUAUCGACCUGAUCCACAAGAACUACAGGAAGCUGUGUAACCUCCUGAUCGAUGUGGAGGAAUGGGGGCAGGUCGUCAUCAUCAACAUGCUGACCCGCUACGCCAGAACGCAGUUCCUCAACCCAAACAUCAAUGAGUCUCUGCUGGAGGAGGGAGGGGACAAGACCUUCUAUGGCUCUGAUGAAGAUGAGGAUGAAGACGAGGAGGAGGACAAAGAGAAGAAAGCCGAGGCUGCCUCCUUGGCCAAGAGGAAACCGUACGUGAUGGAUCCAGAUCACCGGCUGCUCCUGAGGAACACGAAGCCGCUGCUGCAGAGCCGCAACGCAGCCGUGGUGAUGGCUGUGGCUCAGCUGUAUUUCCAUCUUGCCCCUAAAGCAGAGAUUGGGGUGAUUGCAAAGGCCCUGGUGCGUCUCCUGAGGAGUCACAGUGAGGUCCAGUUCGUUGUUCUCCAGAAUGUGGCAACAAUGUCGAUAAAGAGAAGGGGGAUGUUUGAGCCGUACCUAAAGAGUUUCUACAUCCGUUCCACUGACCCAACCCAGAUUAAAGUCCUCAAGCUGGAGGUUCUCACUAAUUUGGCCAAUGAGACGAACAUUUCCACCAUCCUCAGAGAGUUUCAGACGUACAUUAAAAGCAUGGAUAAAGAUUUUGUGGCUGCUACGAUCCAAGCGAUCGGCCGCUGUGCUACCAACAUCGGAGAGGUGAGGGACACGUGUCUGAACGGCCUGGUACAGCUGCUGUCCAACAGAGAUGAGUUGGUUGUAGCCGAGUCCGUGGUUGUUAUCAAGAAGUUGCUUCAGAUGCAACCGGAGAAGCACAGUGACAUCAUCAAACACAUGGCCAAGCUAACAGACAACAUCCAGGUGCCGAUGGCAAGGGCCAGUAUCUUGUGGCUGAUUGGAGAGUACUGUGAGCACGUACCUAAGAUUGCCCCGGAUGUGCUGAGGAAGAUGUCCAAGUCUUUCACGAAUGAAGACGACAUUGUCAAGCUGCAAAUCCUCAACUUGGCUGCGAAGCUUUAUCUCACCAACUCCAAACAGACCAAACUGUUGACGCAGUAUGUUCUCAACUUGGCCAAGUAUGACCAGAACUACGACAUCCGCGACCGGGCGCGCUUCAUUCGCCAGCUCAUUGUGCCCACUGAGAAGUGUGGGGCUCUGAGCAAGUACGCUAAGAAGCUGUUCCUCGCCCUCAAACCUGCACCGAUCCUCGAGUCUCCAUUUAAAGAUCGAGACCAUUUCCAGUUGGGUUCAUUGUCCCACCUGCUGAAUGCCAAGGCUGGGGGCUACCAGGAGUUGCCUGACUGGCCUGAAGCUGCCCCAGAUCCCUCCGUGCGCAACGUGGAGGUGAAGGAGUCUGUGCCUGAGUGGACCAAGUGCAGCAGCCGGGAGAAGCGGAAGGAGAAGAAGGUGGAGAAGCCGUUCUACUCGGACUCAGAGGGCGAGUCUGGACCGACAGAAUCAGCUGAUAGUGAGUCGGACUCUGUCAGCGGCUCAGAGAGUGGCAGCGGCAGCGGGGAGAGCGGAUCGGGAUCAGAAAGCGAAGAGAGCGAGGAAGGCUCUGAGUCUGAGGAGGAGGAGGAUGAAGAGGAGAAAGACAAAAAGAAGAAAAAGAAAGAAUUAAAGAAGCCGGUGCGAGAAAGUGAAAGUGAGCAGAGCAGUGAAGAAGAAGAGAGGAAACGUGAGAGGAAAAGCAAACAACGCAAGAGCGACUCAGAGUCAGAAUCAGACGAGGAGGAGGAGAGCGAGUCUGAAAGCAGCCAAUCAGAGUCUGAGGAUUCUGAGUCUGAGGCAGAGGUCAAAAAGAAAAAAAAAGCAGCUGAAUCUAAACCUCCCUCCAAACCUGUCAAGACCGAGAGCAAGAAAGAGAAGAAAGAGAUGUCCUUACUCGACCUGGACGAUUUUGAGCCUGCACCCUCUCCUCAAGUCACGCCCGUCAACGCCUUCCUUUCCAACAGCCUUGUGACCGACCUGGAGGGCUUGUCUUUGUCUGACAGCGUUCUCUCCCCGGCAACCAUCACCCCCUCCAGUGCGCUGAAGAGCUACGAGCUGUUGCACCGCAUCACAGGGGAGGGCCUGUCAGUGGAGUACUGCUUCAGCCGGCAGCCUUUUAGCCCUGACGCCAACAUGGUGGCGGUGCAGUUGCAGUUCACCAACAGUGCCACGUCCGACGCCAAGAACCUGCACAUGGAGGACGUGAAGCUGCAGUCUGGCAUGAGAGUGAAAGAGUUCCCAGAGAUUGAGCUGCUGCCGACAGGUGAGACUGCCACAGUUGUGAUGGGCAUCGAUUUCUGUGACUCAACCCAAGCGGCGAACUUCCAGCUGUGCACUCACACCAGGAAAUUCUUCGUGUCUAUCCAGCCGCUGGUUGGGGAGCUGAUGAGGCCUGUCUUCCUGACAGAGAACGAGUUUAAAAAGGAGCAAGGUCAGCUGAUGGGCAUGAACGAAAUCACAGAGCGGCUGACUCUGGACAUCAAGUGCCGGAAUGAACACACCAUCGUCCAGCGGGUGGCCACCGCCGCCAACCUCAGCCGAGUCCCCUGUGGUUCAGAUAAAGAGUGCAGUCCUCCUGUUCCUCCUGCUGAUCACCCUGUCCACAGGUUCGCCGGCCGCACAGUGACCAGCGGCAGCCUGGUGUUGGUCACCGUGGCGACCAAAGAGGAGGGAGCGGCCCAGCUGAUGGUCAACUGCGAGAAGAUGGUGAUCGGCACCAUGCUGGUGAAGGACAUCCUCCUGGCUUUGACGCAGUGACCCGUGUCUGCUCUCGACUUCCACCCCCCGCCCCCCCUCGCUCCACCCACCUCUCACAUAUCGUCCAGGUCAUCACAAGUGUAGCAUCUCUUUCGUUCUCGAGUCAAUGAGAACGUCUCGAGAACGAGUGUUUAACUCCAGGUUGUUGUUUUCUUAAAGAGCCCCCCACUCUCAGAAACUGCUGAAUGCCACAGCUCAAUAUUCAUGACAAUCAGACCAAUGUUUGACGUGAUAGGAAAUCCUUUGCCCCCAUUAAAGUUUCUUAUAUUCAUCAUCCAAAAAUAUUUGUUUUGCAACAUGUUUGUUGCUUGAGGACAACAUUUGAUUUGGUGGUCUCAAAAUCUAGAAUAUUACAAGAACUCCCAUCCAAAUGUCAGAAGUUACUCACUGCACAAACAUCACAGACACCUGAUUCACUUGUUUUCUGAGCUUUCUGCUGCACGUCAUGAUCUUCAUCAGCCGAUGGACUCACAGAGACUAUAGGUGAAGGCAGGUUUAUUAUUAAGAUUUGUAUUAUGCAACAUCUUUCAACAAUUGAGUCCUGUACAUAAAAAGGCAUAAAGACUAACUACAAUAAGAUAGAAAUAAUACAUGUAGUGUUAAUAGGAUUGUAGUACAAAAUACAUUUAAAACAAAUCUGUGUAAAUUAGGCUUUUGUCCAGUGCUAGAUAUGAAUUAAUAUUCUGAAAAGCUAUUUAAUUAAGAGGCAACUGGAAAACAGUACAUAUUUAGGCCUUGAAGGACAAGUGUCAUGUGAAUGCACUCAAAUCUGUCCUCAGUGUGUCCUGAGAUCAUUCAGAGGUGGUGACCAGGAAUACACAAUAUGGAUUUUAUCAACCAAUACCAGUAACUAAUAAUUACCUGCCUCUCAUGGCUGAUACCAAUCAUCAAAAAUAUCAGUGCAGUGAUGCCCUUCUCAUGUUAAAGUCUUCACCCAGCCACUAAUAUAUUUAUGUCUGUGGUAAACCUUACAUCAAUUACGUUGUUAUCGAUCAGACAAUGAAUGGGUGUGUAGACAGCAAACAGGGAAGGCAGGAACACUUCUAAAAAAUACCUGCAGCUUGAGAGAGUAUAUUGCUUCCAUACAGCUUUGCUGCGAUGAGGACUUUCUAAGUGAUGAUAAGUAAUAUAAAGAUUUGUAAUGUUGUUUUCCCUCCUCUCAGAAUUGAGUUAAGUACAAUGCAAUGCUGCCACCCGCUGGCAUAAUAGCUUCAUAGCAAUUAUCAGCUUUUUUUAUCGGCUCAGAUGUCAUUAUUAGAAUAAUAAAAAAGAACAUACUUUUCCUUUUUCCUCUAUCAAGCCAAAACUAGACACAGCAUCGACUGGCGCCAGGUAAAGCUCAUCGAUAACCAGAGAAAGGUAAAGGAGAGCAUCAAUGACACCCCCUGCAUUAUGAUCCAUUCUAAUGACAUGACCUAAUAUCGUGUGUGCAAACGCCAUCUGCUGAAGAAGACCAUGAGAUGUGGUGCAGUGCUUUGAAAAGAUUCAAAAAGGAUUAUUUCUGUGGCCCUAACUGAGGAUUUAAAAGUUUAAACAAAGCAGUAAACUACCACCCAUAAAAUGGGCAAGUCAAUUUUCAGAAUUCUUUGAGACGUGGAUGAACAAAUCUGUCAAGGCAGUUUUAAUUUUUAGCUUGUUAGGUUUCAGCUAUCAGACGAUUUUAAGAUGUAGAUAUUAGAGUUGAUAGAGAAUCAAUGUAGGUAAGAAUCCCCAAGAACAGGUCACCAUGAAAAACAUUUUUACGUUUUUAUGUUUCAGCUUCAUCAAUACUAAAUCGAUUUAGAAAUCAAAUGUAGCAUGAAGGCUCAACUGAGACAACAAUCACCUGCAUCUGAAUCUGUUUUGGCACAAUAACAAAUGUUAAUCAAUGACUCACCACUCCUGUGAAAAAAGAAGGAUUUUCACGGCACCUCUGCGGUACAGUAGUUGUCAUAGUGUGAUGUUCAUUACAGUACGUGGGGCGUUGUAUAAAUAUCAUUGUAUGUAUUGCGACAUGUAAUACAGUAAUACUCUAAGGUGGUGUGUGUGUGUGUGUGUGUGAGUGUGUAUGUGUGUUUUUGUGGGUGUGAUGAUACUGAAUAUUGACCAGGCAAAGCUCAUCACCAUCAUCAGUCGUCAGCUUGUAGCGUUGUUUGCUGAGUCAGCUGCAGGCUACAAAGAUUCAAAAACGAUUUACCCCUCUCUUAUUUCUUAUUUCAUUGUUCAUUUGUCACUUUACCAACCUGACAUUCUGAUGAUUGUGCAAAUGUUACAGAAGGAUUUAAGAUUGUAGAAAAAUGACUGAAACUAAAUUACUUAACAAAAGUCACCAAAGUCAAGGGAAUGGAAAGAUGGAAAUUGAUACAUCAUCAGGUCCAUAAAGCUCAAGUCUCUUUUUUAAAAUUUUUGCUUGAUAACUAAUUGAUUAUCAAAAUAUCUGCUAAUCCAAUCCAAUAUUUAGCCCUGAGGACAACCUUUAAAGGUCCUGUGUACAGAGAUCUAAUAGUUACUUUCCAAGUGUGUAGAAGAACCUGCGGUGGACUUUAGGUAACAUACAAAUAUGUCAAGAGCUGUUGUUUAGUUUGUCCACUCUGGGCUACUGUAGAAACAUGGUGAUGCAACAUGGCAGCCUCCAUGGAAAAGGACCCUCUCUUGACGUAGGCAUAAAGGGCUCAUUAUAAAGAAUUGGAAACACAAUGAUACUUAGUUUCAGGUGAUUGUUAACUAAUGAAAACAACACUAGAAUAUUCAAUUCAAUUUCUGUUUAAUGGAUUGUCAUGAAUCCUACACAGUGGACCUUGUGGUUUGUUUUAAAGGAAUAGUUUGACAUCUUUGGAAACUUUUCCACUUGGUUUCUUGCUGAAACACAUGUUCACUGUAGCUACUACAUGGCUUCAUUCUGCGUUUUAGUCCAACUCUUAAAUGAACUUUACCAACUAAAAGAUGAUUUCCCUUUCAGGUUAUUUAACAUUACAUUUUUGAGAAUCAGCUAAAACACCUUCCUGAUGUGCUGAUGAUAAGGUCAGAGAUGUUCAGGUUAAGUGUCAGGUGACACUCCUCAUGCCUUUUUGUUGACAUUUGGAUUUCACAUCAGAAGUCGUGUGGUUUCUGUUUUCGUUGUUGGCCUUUAUGUAGUGGCUGCACAUUGUUUUGUCAUUGUCAACACAUUGUUUGUGUUUCUAUUUAUUAAUUAAUUGUGUCUUCACUGUUGUGUUUUGUUUUUUACCAAGAGAGUACAGUCCAGCAAAACAUUGAACAGUUGAAUUGUUUAUUCGGACCUGAGAUUUACAGUCAGGGCAGCACAGCCAUUAUGUAGAAUGUAAAGAGGAAGGAAUAUCACUUUAAUGUAAAAAAACCAAAUCAAAUGAAAAGGUUUUCUCUGAAUUUGUUUUCAAAUAUCCAAAGUAUGGUUCAUCAUACCCUGUGUGGUUGUGGAAUGUGGUCCUGAAGUAUUACAGGUUUAUUUAUUAUACAAAUAAAAAAUAUAGAUACAAUAU